AUGGACCCACCUACUCUUCCACAACAUGAAGUUAUUCCAUUGAUUGUGAGCCAACUCUGUGAUUAUGGAUAUACCUCGCUUGCACAAAUAGUUGCAGCUCAAACAGAUAGUUCGAUUGAUCUGACACCAAGCUCGCGAUUAUCGGAGUUGCUGUAUAUUGCCAAAGAACAAGAAGAAGAAGAGAUGCAUCCGUCACUAAUGAUGCCCGAUGACGACGAUGAUGAUAUUGGAGACGAAUCAUCACCAGUCGAAGAGAGUCAUUACACUAAUACGGUUGUUUCUAAAUGUCUUACGAGUAUGGAUCCGGACGAUGUCCCAGAAACCAAAUCACCGCCAAAUUAUAAUACAUGGUACAUAACCACUCAUCGAGCUGCUUCUACAUGUGCAAUUUUUAGUGGUGAUGGAAAAUAUGCAGCGACCGGUUCUGCCGAUGCAUCUCUCAAAGUUCUCGAUACAAGUAAAAUGAAUAGUCGAUCUGACGAGGAUAGACCUGUUAUACGCACAUUGUACGAUCAUACAGCAGGUGUAAAUGAUUUAUCUUUUCAUCCUAAUGGAUUGGUUCUCGCAUCAUGUUCAGAUGAUCAAAGUAUAAAAUUAUUUGAUCUUUCGAAACCGGGCGUUAAGCGAUCGUUUCGGUACUUACAAGAUACACAUGUAGUACGCUCGAUAGCAUUCCAUCCAUCAGGCGACUUUAUACUAGCGGGUACGGAUCAUGAAUCCGUGAGAAUCUACGACGUUAAAAAAUUCCAAUGCUAUACAGCGUCCAACAAUCAAUCGGACCUUCAUCAAGGCGGAAUAACAAAGGUUCGAUUCGUGCAUAAUGGCGGACAAUUUGUCACGUCUUCAUUAGAUGGCAGUAUUAAAAUCUGGGAUGUUGUAAGCGGAAGAUGUCAGCGGACGAUCGAAAAAGCUCACGAAGGUGUUACUGUAUCAAGCGUGCAAUUUUCGCGUAAUGGAAAGUUUGUGCUAUCUAGUGGAAAGGAUUCGAUGUUACGACUAUGGGACACGGGAAGUGGCAAAUGCUUGAUGGAAUAUAAGGGAGCGGUGCAGCAAAAUCACUCAUUACAAUCAAGUUUUACAAAUAAUGAAGAUUACGUUCUCAGUAGCGACGAAACUACGAAUAAUGUCGUCUGCUGGGACACUCGAACAGGCGAGCUAGUAAAGCAAUGGUCUGGACACGCUGGAAUCGUUCGAUGCGUUGCGGCGUCACCUACUGAACCAGGAUUUAUCAGCUGCAG